GCGACCUCUGAGCAGACGCUUUCCGACUUAUUUUCCCAUGGCGUCGCCGCCUCUCCGAACCGCCACCAAAACCUCUUCCAGCCAUUUCCUCAGAACCCUCCCCAAUCUCAACCGCAAAAACCCUAACCCUAGCACCCAAACCCUAACCCUAACCAAUGAAGUCUCAUCAACCUCCAACCUCAACAUCUCCUCCCCCCAAACCCUAGCCCCCUUAAUACACACCUUCGUCAACAACCGCCACCUCUCCUCCGCCCAAUCCCUCCUCCUCCGCCUCAUCCGCCGCCGCCGCUCCUCCCCCUCCGAAAUCAUCUCCUCCCUCUCUAACCGUGACCCUAGCCCCUCCGUCUUCGAUCUCCUCAUUCGAACUUAUGUUCAAGCUCGAAAGCUGCGGGAGGCGGCGGAGGCGUUUAGGAUUCUGAAGGUGAGGGGAAUCUUGAUCUCCGUCAAUGCUUGUAAUUGUUUAUUGGCUGGACUGGUUAGAAUCAAUUGGGUCGAUUUGGCGUUUGAGGUUUAUAGGGAAGUGGUUGAAAUGAGGGUUGGGUUGAAUGUUUACACGUUGAAUAUUAUGGUUAAUGCGAUGUGUAAAGAUGGCAGGUUGAAGGAUGUGGAUUUGUUUGUGUGUGAGAUGGAGAAAGAAGGGAUUUUUGCGGAUUUGGUUACUUUUAAUACCAUGGUUGAUGCCUAUUGCAGAGUCGGGGAGGUUGAGGAUGCGUUGGGGAUUAUGGGCUCGAUGGUUGAGAAAGGGUUUAAGCCGAAUGUUGUAACUUAUAAUUCAGUUUUAAAUGGGUUUUGUAAAAUGGGGGAGAUUGAGAGAGCGAAGGAGUUGAUUGGUCAAAUGGCGAGCAAUGGAGUGGCGGCAGAUACUUCGAGUUAUAAUAUUUUGUUAAUGGGGUUUUGUAGAGAUGGCAAUGUGAGUGAGGCAUUGAGGGUUUAUGAUGAGAUGUUGAGACGUGAUCUUGUUCCUGAUAUAGUUAGCUUUAGCGCUCUGAUUGGGAUGUUUGCAAAGAAGGGAGAUAUGAAUCGGGCAUUAGGGCAUUUUGGAGAGAUGAAGGGUCGAGGGUUGGUUCCAGAUAGUGUGAUUUAUACCAUGCUUAUUAGUGGGUUUUGCAGGAUUAGUAAGAUCUCCAGGGCACUCAAGAUGCGUGAUGAAAUGGUUGGCCAUGGUUGUUCCCUUGACGUGGUUACUUACAAUACAAUAUUGAAUGGCUUAUGCAAAGAACGGAGGAUGCAGGAUGCUCAUGGGCUUUUCUGUGAAAUGAGGGAAAGGGGAAUUUCCCCUGACUUUUGCACCUUUACGACACUCAUCAAUGGAUAUUGCAAAGAUGGAAGUAUCGCAAAAGCUUUAGAAUUGUUUGUCAUGAUGUCAGAGAGAAACUUAAAGCCUGAUGUAGUCACUUACAAUGUUUUGAUUGAUGGUUUCUGCAAAGAUGGCGACAUGGAGAAAGCUAUAGAGUUGUGGGAUGAUAUGAUCAAUAAAGGAAUAUACCCAAAUCAUAUCACAUAUAGUAUUUUAAUUGACAGUCACUGUAGUAAGGGGCAUAUGGGAGAAGCAUUCAGGCUCUGGGAUGAAAUGAAAGGACUUCGAAUUGCACCUAAUAUUGUUACUUAUAACUCUCUUAUUAAAGGGCAUUGCCGGUCAGGUGAUGCAUCAAAGGCUUUAGAGCUUUUAUUCAAAAUGAAUAAAGAUAAGAUUCUUCCUGAUAGGGUAACAUAUAAUACUCUCAUUCAUGGGCUUGUUAAAGAAGAAAGGGUGAACGAGGCCUUUGAUUUGGUUAGUAAGAUGGAUCAUGAAGGGGUGAAGCCAGACGUUAUAACUUACAAUGUGCUUAUGAAUGGGUUUUGUGAACAAGGGAAGAUGCACGAAACUGAUGGGAUUUUUAACAGAAUGGCUGAGCAAGGAAUUCAGCCUGAUAGAACUACGUAUACAACUCUAAUAGACGGUCAUGUUGCCAAUGAAAACAUGAAAAUGGCUUUUCGGCUUCAUGAUGAAAUGUUGCAGAAGGGUUUUGUUCCUGAUGAUAACUUCUGAUGUUCUCCUUUCUUGAGCUCCUCUCAGGCAUGGUUUGGUUGGAGGGGAGGUGAGGGACAAAACUAAAGUUUGUAUUUGGUGGAGUUUUUAGAGGGUGAGGCAAGGUGCAGUGAGGGAAGGGACAAUGGAAAAUGAACUAAACCGUUAGAAAGAGAUAAACCCCUAAAACUGGGAGGAACAAGAGGAGAGAGAAAAUGAACUACAAAAGCAUCCACAUCUCCUCACCAUCCCUCCAACCAAACAUGAAGGUUAAAAGAGAUGCCAGUCCCUCCACCUCAUUGCACCUCACCUCUCCUCCCCUCCUCAAACUCCCUACCAAACAAAGCCUCAAGUUAUACAGGCGAAAA